AUGGUAAACUAUGCACCAUUGAAUAUAUUUUUCAAUUACUUUCGAUAUGAGAAAAUGCCAAAACAAAUAAUUGAAUAUGUGAUUAAGACUGGAACAUUCUGUAGGACCAUGUUUCCUAUCUUCAUUCCCAUUUGUAUAUAUCAAUAUAUAAGACAGGUUGACAGAGAAAGGUACGCAGAGGAAUUGUUAUACGAAUACACCAAGAGCGAUAACGUGAAGAAUUUUUACGACUCUUCAAUGAAAUGUAAAGGAACUAAAAACUGGAAGAUCCAGUAUGACUUAUACCUUAUAGAUAAGGCGGUUAAUUCGUGA